AUGGCAUUCAAGCCUCAUCAUGUUGAUGCCUUGAAACCGUCUGCCACUUCCCUCCCUACUCCGAAACAACUGACCGACCAGUUCUUUGCCGCCGGCGUCCCCAGGCUCAGUGCUUCCGCUUCUUCCUCUUCCCUCUGUCUGGAACCCUGGGCGAAAUCGAAGGCCAAUCGCAAGUUAGAUAAAAAGGUUCAAUUUUACUCUAAAGUGAAAGAUGUUGUGGCUUGCUUGAGUGCUCAAAAGUCUAUUACUAAGAAAGUUGAGCUUUCUGUUCCUUCUUUAGCAUGCUUUAAAGCAACUCCAGGCUGGAUAUGGAUGCGUCAGUGUAACACAUUAAGAAAUAAGAACACUUUUCACGAGGUCAUGGAGAAUGAUAGCAAAGAGUCGUAUAAAGAUGGUGAUCAAUCUGAGGAUUUAAGUGUUGAGUAUGAGUGCAGUUCUGAUGAAAAUGAUGAUAUGGUGGAUAUAACUGUAGAUGAAGCAGAGGCAGAUAUAAUUAAUGCUGAUGGUUUUGAAAAGUUGAUAACUGAUUUGACCAUCGAAGACAUAUGGGGAUUGGUAUUUGAUACAGAAUCUCAAGUUUGUGAAUUUUACGCCAAAUAUGCCAAGUGCUAUGGAUUUGUGUCCCGAAAAGAUUUGAAGACAGUGGAUGCUAAUGACAACAUUAAUACAAGGCAGUUGGUUUGCAAUAAAGCAGGAGAAAGAUAUUGGAAGCACCUUAAAGGGACAAUCGGCAAAAGGAGCAUAGGGCAAUUACUCGUGUCAACUGUAGGGAGAGGAUUCGGUUCAUUCGUCACUAUAGAACGGGCCGAUAAAACACAAGCAGACAGCUUGCGAGCAUGUGGUCUUAAAACUUGCCACAUAAUGGGUUACAUGAUUUUCCAAAAAGGUGGAUACGAUAAAGUGGGUUUUACCAGCAAAGACUUACAUAACCACAUUAGUAAGACUAAGCGUAGCAAAAUGAAAGACAGUGAUGCAUUUCCUGCGUUGGCCUAUCUGUUGUCCAAGGCAGACAGUGACCCGUUAUUUCUAGGAAAGUUCACCUUAAAGGAUGGUAGGUUGGAUAUUUUGGUGUGGGCUGAUGGAGCAAGUGUUGUUGAUUACGAACGUUUUGGCAAUGUACUCGCUUUUGACACCACUUACAAGAAAAAUGUCUACAACAAGUCCUUAGUCAUAUUUUCAGGGACCAACCACCAUGGGCAAACAACUAUCUUUGAAUGCGCCCUGCUCUCAGAUGAAAGGUCUGAAACUUUCAAGUUGACACUGAAGGAAUUUUUGAAAAUCAUGUCAGAAAAACUACCCGGAGGCGUUGUGACAGACGGAGACUGUGCUAUGAGAGAGGCUAUCUUAGAAGUAUUUCCUAGUAUACCACACCGCCUUUGUGCAUGGCAUCUCCAUCGUAAUGCAGUACAGAAUAUAAAAAACAAGCAUUUUUGGAACGAUUUUAAUGUAUUAUUGUAUGGACAGUUUACCGUACAAAUAUUUGAAGAGAGAUGGAGCGAGAUCAUAUCCAAAUACGGACUUGCCGAGAAUAAAUGGGUCCAGGGCAUUUAUAAUGACAAAAUGAAGUGGGCUAUCGCAUAUUUGAGGGAGCACUUCUUUGGCCACAUAAGAACUACAUCACAGUGUGAGGAAAUUCAUUCAUUAUUGAAGAACUAUGUUGACAGUAAAAUUAGUCUCCUUGAAUUCAUGCAUAAAUUUAGUGAAGUACUAAGGCAUUACCGAAACAACCAUCUUACUGCUGACUUUGAAACCUUUUAUAAGUUUCCUGUUUUGACUAUGUGCUUGGAAAGUUUUGAGAAACAAGCUGUUGAACUUUAUACUAGAAAUAUUUUCAAACUUGUGAAAGAUGAGAUAGAAGCAACAGGUGCCUUAAAUAUAACUGAAUGCCCAAACAGUGGAGACAUUGUUGAGUACAACACGAGUGAGUAUUUUAAUCAGUAA